AUGCUAUCGAGCGACAUCUAUGGCGCUCCAAGUUAUGAUUCGGAUGUCACGGCACCUUCCGAAGCAUUGUCGGAAACGAAUCUGGACAUGGAAACCAAGCCAACACUUAUGUGCGCGCCAUACCUUCUCGCGAGCGCGCCGAAGGACGGCGAGCACAUCAUGUGGGCCCGAGUUGAAUGCGGUGCACAGUCUUUGCCAACAUUGUCCUGGAAGAUCGAACAAUCAAAUGUCCUGUUAUCUCGACAUCUGCGUAGGAUUUACCGGACAACGGACGUCAAGCAGAGGGAGUCAUAUUACGGGAAACUGCGGCGCGCGCAAAUUCACCUCCAAGUUCCUCUUGCCGGUACGCCCAGUCCGGAUGACGCCCUCUUUCCCGCUCUCCGGAUACAUGGUUGGGAACAUCGCUGCUGGUCGGAUAUCCAGCGUGAUCGGCCCUGA